AUGGCUCCCAAAAAGAGAGUAGAUGAGGUGGCUAACUCCCCGUUGAAAAUUUUGCAGUACCCUAUCUAUAGCCCACCAGUUUUCAUAUCUGAAGAAGUUUAUGAGAAAGUUCUGGACUUGCAAGAUAAGGUCUCAAGUGUCAAUAGGAUUCCAAAACCAAAACCCAAGGUUGAGAAGACAACAGCAAAGGAGGAAGAACCUGCUAGCAAGGAGAAAACCACCUCUUCGGAAUCUGCACCCAACGAGGGUGAAUACACCGAAACGUCUCAGAAUCUAAGAGGAUCAGUGCAUCAUCAGCCAACACUAGCGAUUCGAACCUGA